GGGGAAAUCAACUGGGACUGUCCAUGUCUCGGUGGAAUGGCCCAUGGCCCAUGCGGUCCUGAAUUCCGAGAAGCCUUCUCGUGUUUUGUGUUUUCAGAGGACGAACCAAAGGGCAUUAACUGUGUUGAAAAGUUCAAGCAUAUGCAGGAUUGCUUUAGGGCUCAUCCGGAGGUAUACGCUGAUGAAAUAAUGAAUGAUGAUGACGACGAGGGUGAAGAGGCUUUACCAGUAACCGAGACAGCUGGUCUCUCUUCAACGCCGGAAGGCACUGCAGUCGGAGAAGCUGACCCCGCAGGCAUACCUGCGCCUGAAAAGCCACGACGGACAAAGCUCGACAAGCCGUCCACGACCACCUCAUCAUAA